AUGGCUAAGAACAAGGUCUCAGGUCAAGGCAAACCGGCCAAAGGCAAGGGCAAGGGCAAGGGCAAGGGCCAGGAUAAGAGUGAUGUUGGUGGCAAGGAAGAGACGCAAGAGAGCAGCAGGGACCACAAGUGGAAUAACAAAACCGACGAAAUAAAAGUCAGGCACAUUCUCUGUGAGAAACACUCCAGGAAGGAGGAGGCCCUGGCAAGGCUGAAGGCAGGCGAGAACUUCCACGACGUGGCUCUCAUCUAUGCAGAACACAAGCGGGACGAAGGCAAGUCAUGCAGCGUAGUGCUAAUUGGACCUGAACACUGA